AUGAAGUUAUCAUUAUCAAUCGUAUUGCUUGCUGGUUUGACUCAAAGUGUUAUUGGUCUACAAGUGAAUAAUGAGCAGGACUUAUACAAUUCUUUCGAUAGGAUAAAGAGAGGUGCAGUGUUCAAUGAUGUUUUUGAUAUCAAACAAGCAUUGGUUGAUCAAGAGAAAGAUAAACCUGACAAAGGUGAUAAAUGUCCUCCUUGUUUCAACUGUAAUCUACCAAAUUUUGAAUGUACUCAGUUUUCCCAGUGUAAUACUUUCACCGGGAUGUGUGAAUGUCGAGAUGGUUAUGGUGGUAAUGACUGUGCUCAACCGUUGUGUGGUGCUUUGAAGGAUGGCAAUUCUAAGAGACCUGUUCGUGAUGAAGAUGAUAAAUGUUCAUGUAAAAAAGGUUGGUCCGGUAUCAAUUGUAACUUAUGUACUACUGAUGAGAGCUGUGACUCUUUCAUGCCCGAAGGAUUGAAAGGUACCUGCUAUAAAUCUGGGAUACUUGUCAAUAAAAACCAUCAAAUGUGUGAUGUUACAAACGAAAAAAUUAUCAAGAUUUUAAAUGGUAAGAAACCACAAGCUACUUUUAGUUGUAACAAAACUGCAGAGGUUUGUGAUUUCCAAUUUUGGAUUGAUGAAAAAGAAUCAUUCUAUUGUGAUUUAGAUCAAUGUAAAUUUGAAUAUGAUUUAAAAUCUAAUACUACUCAAUACAACUGCGAUAGUGUUAAAUGCAAAUGUUUGCCUGGUAAAAUGUUGUGUGGUGAAGCUGGAUCGAUAGAUAUAUCUGAAUUUUUAACCGAAACAAUUAAAGGUCCUGGUUACUUUAGCUGUGAUGUUAAUAAAAAAAAUUGUCGCUUCUCUGAACCCAGUAUGAAUGGUUUGAUUUCUUCAGUUUUCGGUGAUCCUUACAUUACUUUGCAUUGUAAAUCUGGUGAAUGUGUUCAUAAAAGUGAGAUUCCUGGGUAUGAUUUACCUGAUCAUAAUAGAUUAACUCUUGGUAAUUUAAUUAGUAUCAUUGGUGUUGUUAUAAUUUGUGGGUUUAUUGUGAUUACUUCACUUUACAAUAUAAGCAGAAGUCCCUUGUUCAAGAAAUCAGAUAAUAUUAAUUACCAACCACUCGAAGGUGAAUUAAAUGCUUUGAAUGAAAAUUUCACGCCUACAACCUUAACUUUUGAAUCAAUCAAAUAUAAAGUUCCUAGUGGCCAAACUGUUUUGAAUGAUAUUUUCGGUUUGGUUAAACCAAGAGAGUGCUUGGCUAUAAUGGGAGGUUCAGGUGCUGGUAAGACUACCCUUUUAGAUAUAUUGGCUGGUAAAAAUAAAAAUGGUGAAGUCAGUGGGAAUAUUUAUGUGAAUGGGACUAUUUUGGGGCCUAAAGAAUAUAAAAAAAUUGUUGGUUUUGUAGAUCAAGAAGACCAUUUGAUUCCAACUUUAACGGUUUAUGAAACCGUUUUGAAUAGUGCCUUACUUAGGUUACCAAGAAGUAUGAGCUUGAGAGCAAAAGAAACUAGAGUUAUUGAGGUUCUCAGUGAAUUGAGAAUAUUAAACAUUAAAGACCGAGUAAUUGGCUCUGAUUUUAAAAGAGGAAUAUCUGGUGGUGAAAAAAGAAGAGUUUCAAUUGCUUGUGAAUUGGUUACUUCUCCUUCAAUAUUAUUUUUAGAUGAACCUACUUCAGGUUUAGAUUCUUAUAAUGCAAGAAAUGUUGUUGAAUGUUUGGUUAAGCUAUCUAGGGAUUUUAAUAGAACUGUGGUUUUCACCAUUCACCAGCCAAGAAGCAAUAUUGUUUCAUUAUUUGAUAAAUUGGUAUUGCUUAGUGAGGGUGAUUUGAUUUAUUCUGGUGAAAUGAUAAAGUGUAAUGAUUUUUUUGCAAGACAUGGUUAUAAAUGUCCUUUGGGUUAUAAUAUUGCUGAUUACUUAAUUGAUAUAACUGUUGAUCAUAAAAAAAUUGUUAAACUUGUUAAAAGUGGAUCAAGCGAUGUCGAAGAUCAAGAUACCGAAAAUGAAGAUGUACAUGCAGCAUUUUUGCAAAGUAGUCCAUCAACUCAAAUAGAUACUACGAGAGAAUGGGAGCAUUUUGCCGUACAUAGGGAUGAAUAUAACUAUAAUCCAAUUGCUCGUCAAGAUAAACAAGGUGAAGACACGUUAGUUCAAAUAAAUAAUAAAUUACCUCAAAUUUAUAGCGAAUCAGUUUUGGCAAUUGAACUUAAACAAGAAAUUGAAGAUCAAAAAUCUAAUCCUAGUGCUAUUAAAUUCAAGAAUGAAUACUUGAAACAGGCAAGCUUUGGUAGCCAAGUUUUGAUUUUGUCUUCCAGAACUUUUAAAAAUCUUUACAGAAAUCCAAAGUUAUUAUUAAGUAGUUAUAUUUUGUCUUUGAUUGUGGGUGUUUUCUGUGGUUAUCUAUACUAUAAUGUCAGUAAUGAUAUAAGUGGGUUCCAAAAUAGAUUGGGUUUAUUUUUUUUCAUUUUAGCUUUAUUUGGAUUCUCAUCCUUAACCGGAUUACAUUCUUUCUCGACUGAAAGAAUAAUCUUUAUACGUGAAAGAGCAAACAAUUACUAUCAUCCAUUGAGUUACUUUGUCAGUAAGAUAUUUUGUGAUGUAUUACCUUUGAGAGUCUUACCUCCAGUUAUCUUGGUAAGUAUUUUAUAUCCUUUGGUGGGAUUAACCAUGGAACACAAUGGCUUCUUGAAAACAAUUCUUGUGCUAGUUCUUUUUAACAUUGCCAUUUCUUUCGAAGUAUUGAUUGUGGGAAUCAUGAUAAGUGAACCUGGUACUUCUACAAUGUUGGGUGUCUUGGUUCUUUUAUCUUCCUUGUUGUUUGCAGGGCUUUUCAUCAAUAGUGAAGAUUUAAGAUCUGAAAUUAAAUGGCUUCAAUGGAUUUCGAUAUUCCAUUAUGCCUACGAGGCUUUGGCUAUAAACGAAGUUAAAGACUUAAUCUUGAAAGAGAAAAAAUACGGUCUUUCCAUCGAAGUUCCUGGUGCAGUUAUUCUUUCCACAUUUGGUUUUGAUACCUCUGCUUUCUGGAAAGACGUCAGCUACCUUAUUGCCUGGACUCUUACUUUCCUCAUUACUGGUUAUGUCUUAUUACACCUUUUUACCAUUGAAAAAAGAUAA